AUGUCUCAUCCUAAAAGCCCGCCCCCGACCGCAAGUGUCGUUCGUCUUGAGCCAAGUCCAAGCCCUCCCCCAGAUAUUUCUACAACUCGAAUAUGUCCAAAUCCCGGGGACAUGUCCCUGCUCAGGCUUCUUAACGGCGGACGGAAUCCUCAAAUUGCCAGCGCAGCCGGUCGCGAAAGUCUUCUAUGCGACGAAGAAUCCCCCGAUGAAGAAGCUCGAGGUAGGCCCGCGAACGGAAAUCCCCUGAGCGGGUUGCCGCUUCCGCACCUUGCCGUAGGCGCACUGGGAGCUGCUUCAAUAGCUACAGUACCCAAAAUGAUACCUGACAUAUCGAUACCAACCGACCAUCCAGGUGCCUUCUCACCAACGACGCGAUGCGUUUCUGCCAAUAGAGUCACAUCACCACUGAUUGACUCAUCCAUCGCACCCUUGCCGCCGCUUCAUGGAGUUCAUGCGCCAGUUGGCGAAUCCAAGGAGACGCUACCCUCACAGUCUCUUCCAUCUCUACGUUCCACUUUUGGACACCUCAGAGAUCUGGCUCCUGGAAAUUUGCCAAAACAGGAAGUUGGACGCAUUCCUUCAGGGCUUUCGUCGACUUUCUUUACCUCGCUAGCUGGGAGCACUGGGCAUCGCUUCAAUGAAAGCAACCUCUCAUCUUCACUUGAUUCACCGCCAGAAAAUUAUAGAGAACUUCCUCCGCAUUCUGCUCAAAGUACGAGUAUUCACUACUAUACAACAGAUGCCACUCAUCCUCGUGCCCCAACAGAAUAUAGUAGUAGUAGUAGCAGCAGCAAUGCUGCCGAGGCUCCAAGUAUCGAUCAUUCUGUUUUAACGCCUGCCAAUUCCACCUCGAUCAACUCUACCUCUAUCACUGACCGCAUGAGUCUUGAUGGCACCACACACUCGCAACAUAUAUCCGACCCCUACACAUGUACAGUCCCGGGAUGCAAUGCCUCGCCAUUUCGGACUCAGUAUCUCCUCAACUCCCAUAUGAAUGUGCAUUCGCCAAGGCGGCCGCAUUAUUGUUCAGUAAAAGGGUGUCUAAGAAGUGAAGGAGGCACGGGCUUUAAACGCAAAAAUGAAUUGAACAGACAUGGCUUGGUUCAUGAAACUCCAGGAUAUAAGUGCCCAUAUUGCCCUGAUGCGGAACGCAAUUAUCCACGACCGGAUGGUUUACAGCGGUACGUCACCUCGCAGGCUCAACUAUGA